AUGUGGGACAAAAGUGCGUACCUUGGCUGGUUGAUCGAUCCCGACUUACCCGGCAACGCGGCCGUCGGGAUGAUACAGGAACAAGGUGACGGGGUUUCACUCGAGAAUAAACGACGGUGCUACUCUGUUCGAUGGAGAAAAACAAGAGACGCGUGCCCCCUGAUAAGCGGAAACGCACCGAACACCAACCUCCCGCGCAAGCAGUGGAUAUAUGGCAGUGAUGAGACCCUUCGCAACAAGCUCGUCCUUCUGGAAUCCCUGGUCAAGGGCCUUGUGCCAGAUGCUAACCUGUCUAGCAAUGAUGAGAUGAUCAAAUUGGGAAAAUCCCUAGUCAUUUCACUUCCGAAAGAUGGCACGGGAGCCGACGUGGAGGUGGAGGAGGAGGAGGAGGAGGAGGAGGAGGAGGAGGAGGAGGAGGAGGAGGAGGAGAAGGGUGAGGAGGGGGGAAAGAAGAAAGAGAAGAAGGUCGCCAAUACCCACGAAGAAGGAUAUACUGUUUCGCUGUUCCCUGAUCAGCAGGGCCAAAUCCAAUACAUUGGCCCUUCAAGCUCAUUUGAACUCCAUGGGAAAUUGAGGAUGCUGUUGGGAAGCUACGUGAGCUUCGAGUUCAUGAUAUUCGGCCACAACGCCGCUGACCAGCCUAGCACAUCGGACACAUCCAGCGACCCCCAAAUGGGUAGCGGGAGGGAUCUGCGAGAAAGCAGGGAGUUGAGCAAUGUGCCCAGCGACUGUAUUUCCCUUUCACACCUGAGGCACAACGAUGGGGCCAUUCUGGAUCGGAGAUAUGGUGACAUCGACCAGUCAUCUAAAAUGAAAGGAUUAUGGCUUUGCGGGACAUUACCCCCAGGACUUUAUGAAAUGGUCGCAGCAGCUUGUGCUGCUCUUGGCGUCGACGUGCAAAGCGUUAAAUCAAGCGGGGACGGGGAUCCUUUCGGGCCUAAUGUUAAGGCAGCUCCGGAAUCCAAGACUGCCAGGUACCAUGCGGACGUGGGGCGUGGUAGUGGUGGAACUCAACUCGAUGAGGGAGCAUUUGGGAUCGAUGCCUCAGUCUACUACUAUCGCCUCGAUGUCAUGGCCAACUCCGUCCACCGUGAACUUUGUCCUUCCUACUCCGUAGUAUCCUGCAUGUCGGUCAAGGGGACAGAGCGCAAACCGUUAAUUCACUCUCAUUUCUCCGACAACCUCAAUUUUAAUACGGGAUCAUAUCCCAAACCGGUUGCCAUACGGAUGUUGAUUACACUGCCCGGGGAAAGUGAGCAGAUGGGGUUUCUGAAGUCGCAGGAAGGCUACCCCGUCCACCGCAAUAGCGGACCUUGCAUGGGGCAAAAAUGGGCCGGCCGGCCUGUUAGAUGA